AAUUAAUUGUACAUUUCAAUAAUAAUCGAACAAACAUUCGAUGUAGGCAACAUGUGCUCUAGCCCAUGUCGAAGAGUUGAGUUGGACAUCGGCCUAACCCCGCGGUACUCCAACAGCUACCCCAACAGCUCCAUCACAAGUUCAUAGCUUCAUAAAGUAUCCGCCCAACUCUCGGCUUUCCUCUUCCUCCUUCCCAUCUAUCGCGCAAUUCGCUUCCACAGCCGAAAUGUCGCAACUCCUCAAAAAGUCGCUCAAGCUCGCACUCGUUCAGCUGGCAUCCGGCGCAGACAAGACGGCGAACCUGCACAACGCGCGCGCAAAGGUCUUGGAAGCAGCGAAACAAGGUGCCAACCUGGUCGUCCUCCCCGAAUGCUUCAACUCGCCAUACGGCACAAAGUACUUCGACAAGUACGCCGAGACGCUGCAGCCAUCGCCCCCGUCCGCCGACGCAUCACCGACCUUCCAUGAGCUGAGCAAGCUCGCAAAAGAAGCAAACGUCUAUCUCGUCGGCGGCAGCAUACCCGAGCGCGACGACAAAGACACAAAGAAACUUUACAACACAAGCCUCACCUUCUCGCCCUCGGGCGACCUGAUCGCCACGCACCGAAAAGUGCACCUCUUCGACAUUGACAUCCCGGGCAAGAUCAAGUUCGUCGAGUCCGAGGUGCUCAGCCCAGGGAACAAGAUAACCAUCGUGGAUCUGCCCGAGUACGGGAAAGUCGGCAUCGCGAUUUGCUACGAUAUACGGUUUCCCGAGCUGGCGACGAUUGCUGCGAGGAAGGGCGCGUUCCUGUUGCUGUACCCCGGUGCGUUCAAUUUGACGACGGGCGCGCUACAUUGGGAGCUAUUGGCUAGGGCAAGGGCGACAGACAAUCAGGUCUACGUAGGACUGUGCAGUCCGGCGAGGGACAUGAAGGCCGACUACAACGCGUGGGGACACAGCAUGGUCGUUGACCCGAACGCGCACAUUUUGCAGCAACUGGACGAGAAGGAGGGCAUCGUCAUUCAGGAGCUGGAGGCUGGCAACAUUGAAAACACACGGAAGGGCAUUCCCCUGUACACACAAAGGCGGUUCGACGUAUACCCAGAUGUCAGCGAAGGUGGAAGGUUUAAGGAGUACCGUGGAUCUACAUAAUCACAAUUCAUCGU